AUGGCCGUGGCCACUUUAACCGCUAGCAAUAGUGCUGCCCCGGCAGAUCGAGCUACGGACGACAUCAAACUGUGGCAAGCAAACCCACAGGACCGGAUCGACACAAUGGAUGCAUUGCACAUUAAGACAAGACCCAAGCGAAUGCUUCGUGGUGUUAGCAAUGAGGACUACGAGGUUGACAACGAUGUUGACAACGAUGUUGACAACGAUGUUGACAACGAUGUUGACAACGAUGUUGACAACGAUUCCAGCACGAGUGAUACUUUUUUAGAAGACAGAAUCCAACAGAAGUUGGCAAAGAAGUCGUUCAAGUAA